GUAUACCGAGCAACUACCAGGGAACGAAACUAUAGUUGAAGGUUCGCACAUUGUUUCUAAACAGAGCGCCGAAUUUAUUAAUAUUUAAGCUGUCAAAGGAUUUUGUGCCAAGUACGACAGUUGUUCGUAAUUGGAUGUGAAUUUUACGAUUACUAAAAAUGUCUCAUCCUUACGGAGGUCAGGCAACGCAUUCUCGGCGAAACAAACACGGAGAUAGAGCUGAAAAUUCACAGCCUGGAAGCUCGCGUUUCGAGCAUGAACAUCAUGGUCGUUCAAAGGGCAGAGGAGAAGGGCAUCCACCCUGGUUAAAGGGCAAAGCAAUAGGACUUUAUUAUAGAGAUAAAUUAUCUGCAAAACGAAAACAGAGAGAAUCCCGUGUCAUUAAAUUACCAUCAAAUGUUCAGCGAAAAAUUGAGUAUGUAUUGGAAAACUCUAAAGGAUUUUAUGAUAAAUUGUACAACAAUGAAGCACAAGCAGAAGAUAGUAACAGCAGAUUGGAGAACAAAUACACGCAUAUUCAUGAUUCACAGUUUAAAAGAAAGUUUUUAAAUAUAGUAUCUGGUAAUAUACAAGAAAAUUUAGCUAAAGCUAUGCUUGUUGAAUCAAGUAUGAAAAGAAACAAUGAUUUAGAUGCUAAGUUACUGAGCGACUAUAAGUCAAAACAAUCCUUAGAACAGUAUGAAAGUAUGAUGAAAUUUCGAUUGAAGUUACCAACAUAUCACAAGAAAUCGGAGAUUUUACAAUUAAUUAGAGAAAAUCAAGUUGUUGUAAUAAGUGGAGAGACCGAUGUAUUUUAGGUUGUGGAAAAACAACGCAGGUUGCUCAGUUUAUACUAGAUGAUCAAUUAGAAGAAGGUAAUGGUAGCACUACUCGAAUCAUUUGUACUCAACCUAGAAGAAUUUCGGCAAUAUCUGUUGCUGAAAGAGUUGCCGCUGAA